AUGGCGCUCCCACGCCCCAACAGAAAGACUAACGGCGACGGUGUGCAGGUGGAGGAUACCCGAAUCUGUGUCGUGAUGGUCGGAUUGCCUGCUCGAGGAAAGAGUCUGAUCGCUCAGAAGGCCCAACGUUAUCUCCGCUGGCUUUCGAUCCCCGCCCACGUCUUCAACGUAGGUAACUAUCGCCGAAAGGACGCCGCCCAACCCUCCGCCGACUUCUUUGAUUCCUCCAACGCCGAAGGCGAGCGCAUGCGCCGUGCAGCCGCCGAAGCUGCCGUCACGGAUAUGCUGAGCUGGUUCAAGACGGGUGGGAUCAUUGCCAUCUUGGACGCGACGAACAGCACCAAGAAGCGCCGCCGCUGGAUCAAGGAGCGCUGCGACAGUGAAGGCGUCGAGACGCUGUAUGUGGAGAGCAAGUGUGACGAUGAGGAUCUCAUCAUGAGCAAUAUCCUGGAGGUCAAGACCACCAGCCCGGACUACGCGGGCCAGGAUCCCGAGUUGGCUGCGCAGGACUUCCGCAAUCGCAUCCGCAACUAUGAGAAGGUCUAUCAGUCGAUUGACGAGGACGAGAACGACUUGACGUAUCUGAAGAUUAUGAAUGUCGGCAAGCGGGUCAUCAUCAACGCCAUCCAGGACUAUCUACAGAGCCGCGUGGUCUACUACUUGAUGAAUUUACACAUCAAGCAGCGUUCCAUCUGGUUGUCACGCCACGGCGAAUCCAUGUGGAACGUCUCGGGUCAGAUCGGUGGUGACGCAACACUCUCUCCAAACGGCGAACAGUACGCACUGAAGCUCCCAGAACUCAUCAAGGAGUCUUUCGACGGCCACGAUCACCCCCUCACGGUUUGGACCUCAACCUUGAAGCGCACCAUUGCUACCGCCCGCCACCUACCCCGCGAAUGGGAGCAACUCCAGUGGAAAGCUUUGGACGAGCUUGAUUCCGGUGUCUGUGACAACAUGACUUACGCUGAGAUCAAGGAGGAGUACCCCGAGGACUUUGAGGCUAGAGACCUCGACAAGUACAACUACCGCUACCGAGGUGGAGAGUCCUAUCGCGAUGUGGUCAUCCGCCUCGAACCCAUCAUCAUGGAGCUCGAGCGCAGCGAGAACAUCCUGAUCGUCACCCAUCAAGCCAUCCUACGCUGCAUCUACGCCUACUUCAUGAACGAAGACCAGGAGCAGUCCCCAUGGCUCAACGUCCCGCUUCACACCCUCAUCAAGCUCACGCCCCGUGCUUACGGUACCGACAAGCAGGUUUACAAGGCCAACAUCCAGGCUGUGAGCACGUGGAGAGGCAAGGGCAGUGUGGCAAAGCAUGAGGAUCCCGUCGAGACGACGACGAGUCUGGAUAAGUGA